CAGCGUGCUCAGAACGUCAGCAUGCAGCACUUGCACCGUCACACACUCAGGAAACCAGACUUGGUGACGCGAGGGAGGGUGUAUGGAGUGUCUUUUCAAGACCCUAUUCAAGACCUUUUGAGAGUGACAUGGACAUGUAAAGGAGACCACAAGACGUGUUGCCUUAUAAAGCACCAGAGCAGCCUUAAGAAGCACUAAGCAGGGUGGAUGCAUGGAAUACAGUACACAAGAAAUUACUAUUUUUUAAUUGCAGAGACUCAGCUGGAUUAAGACCUUGGAACACUUCAAUUUGGCCUGCUGCCUUAAUCUGUUUUACAAGUAGCUUACAUUGCCCUCUCCAAGUAGUUUUCACAUUCCUACCCCAUCUGCAGCCCAAGACCCUCAAUGGUCAAUGCCGAUGCCUCCUUCAGCUCCAGGCAGGAGCUCCUUGACCUUCGUAGCCUCCCACUGAGCAGGGGUCCCUCUCUGGACACCCCCAGCCCUGAGGACUCUCACAUAGACAACCUCACAGACUCGGAACCCAGACGCAUCGAUGGUCCGGUUCAACCAUGUAUUCUCACUGGAGUUUCAAGCUUUCCGGGACAGAUUUAUGAGGCGCAAACGUCCCUUUGCGCAGAGUCACAGAUUAGAUUAAAUCAAUCCGCCACAGACUCGGAUCAUCUUUGCGGCUGGGGGGCUCUGACGCCCAAAGCUAUCCAAGUCUUCAACACUCCCCGUUGGGUGUUGUUUUUCCUGUGCGUGGCCUCUUUCCUCCAGGGGAUGAUUAUCAAUGGCUUCAUCAACACAGUGGUGACAACCAUCGAGAGACGCUUCGACCUACCAAGCUACCAGGCGGGCCUCAUUGCCAGCACCUACGACAUAGCGGCAUGUAUUUGCUUGGCCUUUGUCAGCUACUUUGGCGGGACGGGCCACAAGCCUCGCUGGCUCGGUUGGGGGGUGCUUCUCAUGGCUCUGGGUUCUCUCAUCUUCGCCUUGCCUCACUUCACCACGCCACCUUACCAGGUCAGCCUGUCCAAGCAAAGUGGAAUGUGCUCUGCCAACCGGACCAGCCCUUGUCAGUACCAAGAGGGAGGCGGAUUGUCCAGCUAUCGCUUUGUGUUCAUGCUGGGACAAUUUCUCCAUGGUGUGGGCGCGACACCCCUUUACACGCUGGGAGUCACGUACCUGGAUGAAAAUGUCAAGUCAAAUUACGGGCCUGUUUACACUGGGAUCUUUUAUACUGCAGCCAUUGUAGGUCCAGCAGCAGGUUAUCUACUCGGGGGUUACUUCCUCAACAUUUACACUGAGAUCAACCUUACGACAGACAUGACUCCAGAGAACCCUCUGUGGGUUGGUGCUUGGUGGAUCGGCUUCCUUUUAGGAGGAGCAGCAGCUCUUUUGGUGGCGUUCCCCAUCCUGGGCUACCCAAGACAGCUGCCAGGCUCUCAGGAGCACAAGGCCAUGCGGGUGUCUGAGGCCCACCAGCUCAAAGACGGCAGUCACACCACAGCUUCAGACCCUCAGUUUGGAAAAUCAGUCAAAGACAUGCCAAAAUCUGUGCUGCUCCUCUUAAAGAAUCCCCCUUUCUUGUUUUUGUGCUUGGCUGGUGCGACGGAGGCCACCCUCAUUGCUGGCAUGUCUACAUUUGGUCCAAAAUUCUUAGAGGCUCAGUUUAGCCUCAGUGCAUCUGAAGCUGCCACAUGGUUUGGUUACAUGGUGGUACCCGCGGGAGGAGGGGGCACGUUCCUGGGAGGCUAUAUCGUAAAAAAACUGAAGCUCCGCUGCCGAGGCAUCAUUCGUAUUUGCAUGCUCUGCGCUACGGUCAGUCUGAUCGCCACCUUCAUCUUUCUCAUCUACUGCCCCAAUGUGCCAUUGGCCGGAAUCACCGCACCAUACCAGUCUGCUGUCAAGAGCCCCAAGGACCAGUUCAAACAGCUCAAUGUUCUACCUAGUCAUCUGGGUCCAAGAAAUAGCAGCUCUUCUGUAACAGAGAGCUUGACAGUGAGCUGCAAUGAAGCUUGUAGCUGUGUCUGGGAGUUGUACAACCCUGUCUGCGGUGCUGAUAACAUCAUGUAUUACUCGCCCUGCCAUGCUGGCUGCACCUCCGUCAACCACACUGAGGACUCCACGGGCAAAAAGGUGUACUCCGGAUGUAGCUGCGUGGUUGUGGCUAAUGCCUCUUUGGACCAGAAUGGAUUCGCUGUGGCGGGAAAGUGUGGCAGCAGAUGCAAACACAUGUCAGCCUUCCUCUCAUUCUUUUUCAUUAUCAUCUUCUUCACCUUCCUCUGCAGCAUCCCGGCGCUCACUGCCACACUCAGGUGUGUGCCAGACAGUCAGAGAUCCUUCGGGCUCGGCAUCCAGUGGAUUGUGGUGCGCACAUUUGGGGGUAUUCCUGGACCUAUCGCAUUUGGCUCCAUGAUUGACAUUUCCUGCUUACUGUGGCAAGAUCAGUGUGGAGAGCAGGGCUCCUGCUACCUCUAUCAGAACUCAGCCAUGAGCCGAUACAUGCUCCUUGCUGGGGUCAUUUAUAAGGUUUUGGGGACAAUCUUCUUCUUACUGGCCAGCAUCUUGUACAAGGCUCCUCCAGAAUCACCUCAGAGCAGCCGGGAAAGCAGUGACCAUGAAACUAGAGACAAGAGCGACUUUCCCGUGAAAGAGCUUGCUGCAGACGGUGUCAUCGUCAACCCACAUGCCAGGUUGUGACACCGGCGAUUCAUCUGCGGAGUCUUGGUUUAAGUGGCCGGUGCUUCUUCUUUGAUACAUUCAGCCAUAGGGAGGUUAUUGUUCCCCAACAUUCAAGAGAAACUUCUCUCUCUGUUCUUCGUUAUCAGUUCCACAGACAUACAUCAUCUUUAAAUGACAAGUCAAAGGCAAAGAAAGUGUACUCACUUUGAUAUAAAGCAUGAGGAGUGCAUGAAUGCUGAGAAGAGAAGAGAAGUCAAGUCCUUGGCGACACCAAAUGUUUUCCACCACAAUUCCACUACAAAAUUGUGUUUUGGUGCCACUACAAAAUUGUGUUUUGGUGUGAACAACUUCUAUUCAAUGAAUUUGGGCCGACAACCAAUCCUAGGAAGUGGUUGGACGAAAGAGGAUUUAGUCUCGGGUCCGUGCGCAACAGAAUUUGAACGUUGAGUUACCAAUGUCCGUUUUUACAAACAAUUCAAGUUAUACUCAAAGAUUUCACAGAAAAACGACCUCUACUUAUGUACAAUUUUCUGUAUAUGAACGGCCUUGGCAUGGAUGAGCAGAUGGAGAGAGCUACGUUGUGCAUUUAACAACACUUGGACAGAUGAAUCGCUUUUCCAUUCAUUUCAGUUGGCCUCAAUUUACGACCGUUUCAAGUCACAAACAAGGCCACUGUAUUUUCAGAAUAAUGGUGGAAUCAGUAGCAUCGUCCUAAUCCUUUUUUCUUCGGCACUUUCAGUAAUCUUCCGUUUGGCAAAGUUGGCAACCGCAACAGUUGAAACAUACAAUCAGAACGGAGAAGCACAUUUGCAUUCUUGAUAUAUCUAUUUGAACUCGUGGAGGUAAGCUUUUUUUUUUCCGGUCGUAAACCACUGUUGGUUUCUGAGUUGUUGUUUUUUUUUAUUUGAGUUGCCCUGCUGAGCAGAUUGAAGAGGUAACGGCUCAUUAGGUUCCCCUUGAUGCCCUACACAUAAGUACCUGCACUUUAAAAGAACAUUUAAAAAGAAAAAAGGAAAAAUGUAAUGGAGUUUCUUAACUGCAAUCAAAAUGUGAUAACAAAUGUGCCAAAGCUGCUUUAUCCUUGUAAGAUAUCCAAAUAGACGAUGAACUGUAUUGGAUUACCGCAUUUAUUGUUUCACCAUCAAUGUUGAAUGUUCCAAUGAAUACUGCUUUCAUCCCCAUCUAACUGUUGUUGACAAAAGAUGUUGUCUCUUGUUGUUAUGGGUGCACUUCCUAUUAUUGUAUGUUGCCGGUGUACUUGGUGUUAGCUGUGCUUUUCAAAGUUUUUGUUUUUUGGUUUAUUUGUACAAAAUGUUCUUUUAAGGAAGCUAAACUGAGUGAAUGUAUUUUUAUGCACUGUUUGAAAGAUGUCAAGUGUUUUAUAAUUAAAGCUUCAGAUAAAA